GCACAGGGCAAGAGGGGUCUGGCCCCAGAGGCGUAGGGUGGAGCCGAGGGGAGUUGGGUGCAGGGGCGCGAGGGGCGGUGCUGCAGCAGGCGGGGCGGCCCGGUGGCCAGCGCUCACUUCCGGGAGAGCCGGGCGCCCUGGCCACCGCCCGCUCGCAGCUGCCAGCUCGCUGGAGCCGCUGAGCCUGUGAGCGCGCAGGCCAGGCCGCUGCUCGGCGUCUGCGCAGCUCGGUCCACCGUCCGUCACCAUGGGGGCAUCGGGGAGGCUGCUGCGCGCCGUGAUCAUGGGGGCCCCGGGCUCCGGCAAGGGCACCGUGUCGUCGCGCAUCACCAAACACUUCGAGCUGAAGCACCUCUCCAGCGGGGACCUGCUCCGCCAGAACAUGCUGCAGGGCACAGAAAUUGGUGUGUUGGCCAAGACUUUCAUUGACCAAGGGAAGCUCAUCCCAGAUGAUGUCAUGACGCGCCUGGCCCUUCACGAGCUGAAAAACCUCACCCAGUGUAGCUGGUUGUUGGACGGUUUUCCAAGGACGCUUCCACAGGCAGAAGCUCUGGAUAAAGCUUACCAGAUAGACACAGUGAUCAACCUCAACGUGCCCUUUGAGGUCAUCAAACAACGCCUCACUGCUCGCUGGAUUCAUCCUGCCAGUGGCCGAGUGUACAACAUUGAAUUCAACCCUCCCAAAACUGUGGGCAUCGAUGACCUGACAGGAGAGCCUCUAAUUCAGCGCGAGGACGACAAACCAGAGACGGUGAUCAAGAGACUAAAGGCGUAUGAAGCCCAGACAGAGCCAGUCCUGCAGUAUUACCAGAAAAAGGGGGUCCUGGAAACAUUCUCUGGAACAGAAACCAACAAGAUCUGGCCCCAUGUAUAUUCUUUCCUACAGACGAAAGUUCCAGAAACUACCCAGAAAGCCUCCGUCACUCCCUGAGGAGGGCGUUAAUUAGCAGGGGAAGCGGGGCCUCCUCGCCUCGCCUGUUUUUCGAAGCUCUUUUCCUAAGACUUCUCUGAAAAUUAUGACUUACUCCUAAUGGCUUUCCUUUGGAUGUUACUAAGGCCGUGCCAAAUGAGUCAGACACUAAGGCUGAUCUGUUAAAAUAACCUCGUGUGUUUAAUCUAGUUGUCUUCUGUGGAUGUGCAAUUAGAAAACAUCAGAGAUGCUGAAACUCAAAAAAGAAAAUCAAAAAAGAGCAACUGGUAAUUGUCCACCCCGUUAAGUCAGUGGCUGAUCAUUUUCAUGUUUUUCUGGAAAAGUUUAAAAAUUUACACAUCACUUGAGGCAGAUAAAUAUCUCAUUAAAGGCUUUUGCAUAAGCCAACCCCCCCCCCAAUGUCUUCUAGCCCCAAGGGAUGUGGUAUUUGGGGGGGACUGUCUAUAGAUUCCAGAAAGAAAGCAACUGGCCUUAUUUACAGAUGUUGCCAGAUGCAAACUCUACUGCCUUUGCAGGAAAAGCAAGGGCAUAGGCUACCCUGCAGUAUCCUCCAGUUUGCUGGAAAGAAGCAGCCAUGGCAGUUAAGAACAUGUGACUUUGAUACGGCUUGUUUUCUUUUCCAAACUUGCAUGUACCGAGGGAUAUAUGUGUUGACGAAGUUCUCGAAGGAGCACUGGCGAGCAACAAUCUCACACGUCACUCAGGCUGUUUUAGGACCUACCUGUCGGUUUCUUUCUUUCAUACAAAUGGACUGUCUGCCUGGAUGAGCAGGGAUAUAAAGAGAGUGGGCUAAGAGAACACCCACGGCAGUUUGCCACUUAAGUAGAUGUGGUAUGCCGGGGACAGCCCCUUGACAGAAAGACCAAUCCACUAACUAGCCAACACAUACAGCAACAAAAGGCAUUUGCAGCAGGGGUUAAAAGGCACCGUAGUAACUGAGUUCCCUCAAGGAUGUGUAUAUCGCUAUCAAAGUCCUUGAUUUCAAGAGCCUCUUGUCUCAGCCUCUCAAGUGCUACCAGUUGUCACCCGACACUUCUGGUUCCAUCUAAGCAACCUCCUCUUCCACCUGUAGCACUGUGGCUCCAACUCAGCCUUGUGUGCUGGGAAAGCACCUUGCCACAUCUCCAGCCCUUAGUCAUUUUUUUUUUUUUUUUUUUUUUUUUUUUGAGACAGGAUCUCAUUAUGUAGUUCUGGCUUUCGCAGAACUAUGUAGCACAGACUAGCUUGAAAUGAUGCAGUCCAAGCUGGCCUCAUGUUGAUGAUUCUCUUGUUUCAACCUCCUGAGUGCUUAAAUUACAGGUAUAUACCACUAAACCAAGUCUGAGAAACCAUUUUAAAACUUCAGCCACUUUAGAUUCCUUAGUGGGGCAAGGACAUGUCCUUACACAUUGUGGCCAAAUGUAAGAAGAUAGGAGAAAUGGAAGAAAAAAACAACUCUACCUUCGAGAAAGAUGUACUCUGUAUUUUACUUGGUGCUAAAUCAAAGAAUCAAGCCCUUGUACAAGCCUUUGAAACUUUGGCCUAUUUUAUUUCAGAAACUUAAGUACAAAUGCCACCAAGUGGUUCUUAUACAUCUGGGAGUGGGGAAGGAAUCUUUUGAUUUCUAAAUUUCAUUGUUGAACUUUGAAAAUGGACACGCCUUUAAAUAGGAUUACAACGAGCAUCUUGUCUUUUGUGUUUCUAUAUGCCUUAUCUGAAUGUUCGUUAACUGGGUUCUAACAAUGUUGUGAACUUCUUUAACUUGGGAAUGAUCAGUAGAUUCUGUUACACGUGGUGAUUUCAGCACUGUGAUGUUGCCCUUGGCUGCUCGACCCCCCAACCCCCCUCCUGUCUGCUGCUGUGGCUUCUCACUGGCUUCUUUCUAAUAAACAGUCUUCACAUAAUGCAUUUUAUGACAUUAUCUCCUGCUGUAUUAAUACAGUCACACUAGUUUCCAUGACACUGGAGAUGCUGAGGUCAAGAGGUUGGAGAACAUGAAGUGACAAACUUUUUCUCCCUUUGACCAGAACCACCAAGAUUUUGUAUGUACAUCCAUUUGGGAACCGUGUGGCUUCUAUUAGAACAGGCAAAGACCAGUUUUCUGCUGGAUAGGUUAAUGUCAGACAACUGAUAAAGCUAUCAUUGCUGGGGCUGGACAAAUGGCUCAGCAGUUAGAUACAACAGCUACUCUACCAGAGGACCUGAGUUUGAUUCCCAGCAUCUACAUGGCAGAUCCUAACAUCUGUAACUCCAGUUCCAGGGCAUCCAAUGCCCUCUUCUGGCCUGCAAGGGCAUCACGCACAUACACAUUGCACAAACAUACCUACAGGCAAACACCCAUACACAUAAAAAGAAAUCAUUACUGAAUACAUCCUGCUGAAAAUGCUGUGAUGACCAGUGCGAGAGCUUUUAUUUUUGUGCCACAUGGAACAAGAAUGGAGCUGAAUGCCUUGGGCAAGAGCAUUGUCUUCUCAUUUUCAAAAUCUCUUCAUUAAUAACUACAGCUAGCACCUAAAGAUUUUCAAUCUUUAAGUUAGGAUUAAUUUUUUUUUUUAACAGAAUAGUCUAACUGGACUCAAAAGCACUGGUAAAAGCCAGUAAGGUUUCUGAAUCUGUGACAUUCCCCUGCAAUAUUUUCUUAAAGAUUUCAUUUAGUGUGUAUGUACACAUGUGUGCGGGUACCUGCAGAGGCUACAAGAGGACAUCAGAUCUUCCUGAACUGGAGUCACAGGAGCUUGUGGAGCACCAGACAUGGGUGUUGGAAGUCAAACUGGCCUUUGCAAAAGCAAGUGCUCUUAACCAAAAACUCAUCCCUCUAGCCCCAGUUUUUAAAGGUCUCUAAAAACCAUAAGUUUUUCUAUUUACAGCACCAAAUAGUGUCAUGUCAUGCCAAGUGUAGACUGGCCCAGCAGCUUCCUAUUUCCCCAAGGGAUUCCAAGUGUCGCAAACCCAUACCAGGUGAAUCAGCUUCCUGGACAACCUAUGAAAUAGUACAAACAUACCCACACAUGUGGGUACUGAAGGGUGCAGGAUCUAAGAGUGUUCUGGCUAAAUGAAUGGUGUGCUGGGAAAUGGAAAUGGGAAACCCAACUCGGACAAGUACCACCUUUUCCACAUCAAUUUAAGAACUGAAAUCUCACUUGUUCUGAGAAUAGUAAGGUGGUUUUUAUUUUCUCUGAAAUACCCCAGGAUUAACUUGAGACUCACCUUGCCUAUACUUCUAUACUGUCAUGAAAACCACUUAGUAAUGGAGAUAUGUGUGCUCAUUGGGAAGCAUGUUAAUUCACUUAAAAAUUUAAAAAAAGUUUUAAAAAUAAACUUAAAAUUUACAGGAAUUGUGUGCGUAUGUGUUCUGUGCAUGUAUGACGGUCUGAUGAACUUAAGGAGUUGGUUCUCCUGCCACCAUUUAGUCCCAGAUACUCAACUCAGGUACUCGGGCUUGGCAGCAAAAACUUUUACUCAAGUGAGCCAUUUCAACUGCCUUUACUC